AUGGCUCCAGGGAAUGACUCUUUCAUGACUCAGUUCAUUUUAGUAGGAUUAACAGACCAAUCAGUUCUUCAGCUCCCCCUGUUUUUCCUGUUUCUAGUAAUGUAUGUGGUCACUGUGAUGGGAAAUUUGAGCUUGAUCAUCCUAAUUGGGCUGAGUUCACACCUACACACACCUAUGUACUUUUUCCUGUUUAAUUUGUCCUUAAUAGAUCUCUGUUAUUCUUCUGUUUUUACACCUAAAAUGCUGAUCAACAUCAUAUCAAAGAAGAUUAUCUCCUACAUGGGGUGCAUGACUCAGCUUUACUUCUUCAUUUUUUUUGGUAUUUCUGAAUGCUAUGUGCUGACAUCAAUGGCCUAUGACCGCUAUGUGGCCAUCUGUAGCCCACUCUUGUAUAAUGCUGCCAUGUCCCCUAAAGUGUGUUCCAGCCUUAUGCUCAUUUCCUACUUGAUGGCCUUUCUGGAUGCCAUGACCCUUAUUGGAGGCAUGUUGAGACUGACCUUCUGUGAUGCAAACACUAUCAACCAUUAUUUGUGUGAUACCUACCCUCUGCUCCAGCUCUCCUGCACGAGUACCUACAUCCUUGAGCUGGAAAUAAUCAUCGUGUCAGGAAUCAACAUCAUUCUUCCCAGUCUCACCAUCUUUGUCUCUUAUGGCCUCAUCCUCUCCAACAUCCUUCACAUCAGCUCCAGAGAGGGCAGGUCUAAAGCCUUCAGCACCUGCAGUUCCCACAUCAUUGCUGUUUCUCUGUUCUUUGGAUCUAGUGCAUUUGUGUAUCUCAAACCAUCUUCUAUGCCCAUGAAUAAGGGAAAAUUCUCUUCUGUCUUUUACACCAACGUGGUUCCCAUGAUCAAUCCCUUAAUUUACAGCUUAAGAAACAAAGACGUUAAACUUGCUCUGAGAAAAGUCCUGAGGAUGGUGAAGUUUAGAUCAGAGACAUUAUCU